CAAUGAGCCCAAUAGGAAUUUCUGAGCGCUAGGCUGCACUUGGCAUCCUCUUCAUCCUAUUUCCCCCACCAUUAAUUCAAAUCGUUUAUGCAUCCUUCAUCGUGCAACAAAGAGAUGGCCAUUUCAAAAAGGAUCUGCUCCGGCUCUCAUAGGCAGGAGCAUGUGGAGAUCUUGUUGUAGCUGGCUGUGUUCUGGGAUCACCGCCACAGUGGACGAUACCGGCAGCUCAUGGCACCAGGCCUACACCAACCCGGGCUUCAGCCCCGCCCCAGAGUCCCCCGACCACCUGUGCAAGGCAUGUGGCGGCCAUUUUGAGGCCAGAGGCAGAAGGCAUGUCUGCGUGGACUGCAAGAAGACCUUCUGUGGCCGCUGCUCGGUGCAGCUGGUGGAGUGCCCGCGCCUGUGCCACACCUGCCGGCGCUUCCAGGGCACGCUGUUCGAGCGGGCGCAGCUGAUGCGGCUGAAGGUGCGCGAGCUGCGCGACUACCUGCACCUGCACGAGGUGCCCACGCAGACCUGCCGCGAGAAGGAGGAGCUGGUGGAGCUGGUCCUGGGCCAGCAGACGCCGCCGCCCAGCAGUAGCAGCAGCAGCAGCAGCGUGGGCGCCACGCUGGUCCUGGGACAGCGGCAUGUGGCGCCUUCCUGCAGCAGUAGCAGCAGCAGCAGCAGUGUAGGCAUGCACGCUCCCAAUCAUCCUCUUCAGCAUCAUUAUCAUCAUCAGCAUCAUCAUCAGCAUCACCCUCAGGCAGCUACAGCCAUGGGGCACGUGUGUGAUGGGGUGGGGGCUGGGCCAGGCUCGGGGGCAGGAGCAGGACCGGGGGCAGCCAUGCAUCACCCACUGGAGGAGUUGGAAUCAGAACAGCUCACGGAGGAGGAAGAUGAAGACGACGAGGAGGAGGAGGAGGAGGAGGAAGAAGAAGAUGAUGAUGAUGAUGGUGAGGAAGAGGGGGAGGAGGAGGAGGAAGAGGAAGAAGAAGAAACAGCAGAAGUGGGACAGGAGGAGGAAGAGGAGGAUGGUGGAGAAGAGGAGGAGGAGGAGGAGGAGGAGGGAGAGGGAGAGGAUGAAGAGGAAGCACUGGCCCCUGGGCACCGCACCUCCCUGUCGGACCUCCGCUGUUUGGAAGACAUCGACGGCCUGAGCGUCAAGCAGCUAAAGGAGAUCCUGUCCCACAACCUGGUCAACUACCAGGACUGCUGUGAGAAGUGGGAGCUGAUGGAGAGGGUCACGCGCCUCUACAACGACCAGAAGGAGCUGCAGAACCUGGUUGCAAAUGCUAAAAUGGAAGCGGAGGCAGAGCCGGACGCCUCCAAAGCAGCAGGAGGAGGAAAUGGAGGAGGCGCAGGCAGCGAUGAGGAGAACCUGUGCCGCAUCUGCAUGGACUCCCCCAUCGACUGUGUUCUGCUGGAGUGCGGCCACAUGGUGACCUGCAGCCGGUGUGGCAAGCGCAUGAGCGAGUGCCCCAUCUGCAGGCAGUUUGUGGUGCGGGCCGUGCACGUCUUCAGGUCCUAGUGCAGGUCAGGUCUUUAGUGCAGCAGGUCUUUGCGGCCAUUUCACACUGCCUCUGUUCGCUGAAGGUCGUGGAAAGUUGUCUUUCCAUGUUGGGUUAUUUUUGCAUACUGUACAUUGUAUGUACAAGAGGAGCCACUUGACUUGAUACCAUGUUUACUGGACUGAACCAGGCAUGCCCCUUGCAAGGUCUUGAUCAUCUUGAAUCCACCACACAUCAACGCCUGAAAGUUCCAUGGAAGUCACAUGGAAGC